AUGUUUAAUCCAUUAAUUUGUCCAUUUACAGAUCGUAUAGAAAACUUUUAUGAAAUAUUGGGAAGUCAAUCCCUUGAUGCCAAUGUCAUUGCAACAUCUAAACAUACUGUUAUAGAGAGGAACUCGAGCAUUUCUCAUCUAAAAAAUAAUAUGACAUGGAUAAAAAAAUUACAAGUAAAGCAAACUGAUCGAAUUGAUAUGGAUUAUGUACUUAUUCCUAAAAAUGAAACCAAAACAGCUAAAGUUUCAGCUUGUAUUUCGAAAAAUGAAAGCAAAUUGAUUCUUUAUAUUACUAGUGAAGAAUACAUCAAUAUUGCAAAUGUACUAAUUCAAUAUAUUCAUCGUCGGCCUGAAAGACAAAAUAGUACAAAUUUAUUUCUUUACUUAACCUUUUCAAUAGAAGAACUGCUAGCACUUGGGUACUCUACUGAAAAUAUAAAGAUUGUAAAGAUUGAAAAUGUAAAUAUUGAUGAGUCGUUUGUGAAAAAACUAAUAAAAAAAUUAUCUGCUACUGAAUUUGAGAAUAUAUUACUCGAGAGUAUUACAUCCUGUAAAUCAAACAAUCAAAGAUCUGUCCUAGCAGAUAAUAAACUUGUGAAAACUUUUGUUGCUGAAGAAAAACAUUAUGAUUCAAUUGAACUUCACAUUGAAGAUACUUUAGAUUCUUCUAUUAUUCUAUCUUCUACUAAAACAAUGGAUAUAAAUAUAAAAAAUUUUAUUAAAGUUCUUGUUAGUGUUGCUGAAAUUUUUAAACUUCCAAAAAACAAAAUUAAUAUAUUUUAUAAAGAAGAUUCAACAAAGGUUGCCUUCAAUCGUAAUAAAACUUUGUUUUUCAACUUAAAAUACUACAUAGAUUCUAGACAUCCUUUUAAUACCGCAAUUGUAUCUUGGUACAUGACAUUUUGUCAUGAAUUGGCACAUAAUUUCAUUACAUCACAUAAUGCUGACUUUGUGAUUUCUUUUAACAAUUCAGCAUCUCACAUUAUUAAUGAAGAACAAGAUUCCAAACCGGCCCUACCCUCUUGCCCAAGUGCUACUAAUGAGUCAGCAUUCUUCAGAUGUGCCAAGACUCCACUAUCUUGGCUUGCUGCGUUGGUUCAUCAUUGCGAGGGAGAUAAAAAACAUAGGUUUAUAUUGACCACGUCAAUACCAACACCACUAGAAGAUAUUAUUAAUAAAAUGAAUGUUGAAAGUGGCAUGUGUGUUGCUAAUCAAGAAAAUCAUCUACAUCAUCUCUAUACUACAAUUUCAACAAAGACGAACAUUUUUGAUGAAUUACAAAAAAGAAGACACAUUCCCACAUAUUCUACGAUCACAAAGAAGCUUAAUGGUAUCGAAAAUGAACCUUUGAUAAGUAUUAAUGAUACUCCCGAGCUUUUAGCAAAGAUAAUAGAUCUUUUAGUAAACAAGGAUAAUCGCCCAAUUAAUAUAAGUUCAAAAUUUCUAAUGAUUUCUUCCUCUAGCAAAGCCUUUUUUGACAAGCUUGAGUACAAAUUAGUGGAUGGACAUUUCCUUGUAUCACCACAGCUUACAAACGAUUAUAUUGUAAAAGUAAAACAUAUAUUAGAAGAAGUAAAUAUGAAGAGGAUUGAAAUACACGAGAGUAUGGUUUAA